UGGAUUCCCUUCAUCUUUCUUUCUCGUUCUGCUCCUCUCUCACUACCUAACCUUCACUUACAGCUCUGGGUGACACUCUCUCUGAUUCCAGGUGAGUACCCUGGGGCUGGCUCCUCCAGCAUCUUCUCCAUUCUGAGCAGCAGGGCGGUGGUGAAACAGGAGCCGCUGAGGGAUGUAGCGGGGGGCUGCCGCUAUCGGGUCAAUAACUACUUGGACCACAAAUACAGACCACAGCCUGUGAACAAGAUCAUCGGUGCUGCGAAGGAGAAGAUUGGUGAGGAGAUAGAGUACAGUGUUCUGAGCAGGAACUGUGAGCACUUUGUCACCGAACUGAGAUACGGCGCAGCCAGCAGCAGGCAGGUGGAACAGGCGGUGAUUGGAGGAGAGGUGACCCUGGGACUGGGAAUCCUGGGUGUCAUUGGAUAUUCUCUUUUGAAGAAACGAUAUCAAAACCAAUGACAGCCUGAAGGAGCCACAGAAUCCUGCAUUAGAAGCCACUGUGGAGGCCAGAGGAGAGGGCCUCCCACAGCAACUCUGUCUGCCUGACCCUCACACUUGGGCAGCAUGUAGUUCCCUCCCUCGCUUUUCCUCUCUCACUGGCUGGAGGAUGGGGUAAUUGUACCAAGACUGAAGAAUCGAUACAUGUAUCUAUCUGUCCCUUCAGAAAGGACUUUCACUGUGUUUUUGUAGACUUCUGACCCAGAAAGGAAGAACGUACCAUUGACUCAGCGCCUGUUGGUACUUCCAGCAAUGUCUAGCUAUGUAACCUUGAGGGGAGCUCUUGACUCUCAGAGCCUCAGUUCUUCCUUCUUUGAGAUGUGGGUCAUGAUCCACUUCAUGGUGACAUUGUGAGGAUCAAAUAAGAUGAUGUGUAGCAGACCCCUGCACGAUGUCUGGUACCUGGCAGGUACUCAGUGGAUUGUCUAUAUCAUUCCGUGCACACUGACCAUUGUUGUAAUUAUAAAGCUUUCAUUUCACUCUCGGGGGGAAAAAAGCUUAAUUAUGUCCCGGUUUGUCACAACACGUGGUGCUCGAAUCCCCUGACAACACAUAAACAUCUCCCAGCACGUUUCCACUGACCUCCUUCCCUCAGCCCUGUUUUUAGAUAGUGUUUUUCUUUUUUAGCUCGAAUGUCUAAUCCUUACCCAGCUGUGACUACCAGAUGCAAUUAUGUAGCUUUCCAUGAGCAGAUGGCCACGGCUCAAGCUGCCCCUGGGUUGAAUGCUGAAAAUUAGCCCCCUCGGUCUUUAGGGCUGUGAAUACUCUGUAUGAUGCCAAGUGGGGGCUACACGUCAUCAUACAUCUGUCCCAACCCACAGAAGGUACAGCACCCAGAGUGAACCCUAAUGUCAUCUAUGGCCUUUGGGUGGCUAUCAUGUGUCAAUAUUAGUUCACCAAUUGUAACAAAAAUGCAUCCUCUGCUGUAGGAUGUUGAUCAUGGGGGAGGUGAUGUAUGUAGGGGGGCAGGAGGCCUAUGGGAAAUCUCUGUAACUUUCUCUCAAUUUUUCUGUGAAUCUAAAACUGCUUUAAAAAAAUAAAGUCU